GCAAGUGGUACAGCCCAAGGCGGAAGCGGUGCCCGGACGGAAGCGGCCCCGCAGCGCAGCGAUGGCCGCGGGCGUCCCCUGUGCGCUGGUCACCAGCUGCUCCUCUGCCUUCACCGGGGACCGUCUGGUCCAACAUAUCCUUGGAACAGAAGAUCUUAUUGUGGAAGCAGCUUCCAGUGAUGUUGUGAGAUUUUACCCAUGGACCAUUGAUAAUAAAUACUACUCUGCAGACAUCAAUCUAUGUGUGGUGCCAAACAAAUUCCUCCUCACUGCAGAGAUUGCAGAAUCUGUCCAGGCCUUUGUGAUUUACUUUGACAGCACACAAAAAUCGGGUCUGGACAGUGUCUCCUCGUGGCUCCCACUGACACAAACGUGUUUACCUGAGGUGAUGAUCUUGGUCUGUGACAGAGUGUGUGAAGACGGAGUAAACCGACAAAAAGCUCAAGAAUGGUGCAUCAAACAUGGCUUUGAAUUAGUUGAACUUAGUCCUGAGGAGUUGCCUGAAGAGGAUGAUGACUUUCCCGAGUCUACAGGAGUAAAGCGAAUUGUGCAAGCCUUGAAUGCCAAUGUCUGGUCCAAUGUAGUGAUGAAAAAUGAUAGGAACCAGGGCUUUAGCCUUCUCAACUCCUUGGCUGGAACAAACCAUAGCAUUGGGUCAGUGGACCCCUGUCACUCAGAGCAGCCUCAUUUGCCAGGAGCAGAGAGGACAGACUCAGGUCUGGGCCAGCGGGGUGGUGCGAGUAGCACAGCCGAAGCCCAGGUGGACAGCAUUGUGGAUCCCAUGUUAGAUCUGGAUAUUCAGGAAUUAGCCAGUCUUACCACUGGAGGAGGAGAUUUGGAGAAUUUUGAGAGACUAUUUUCAAAGUUAAAGGAAAUGAAAGACAAAGCCGCGACGCUUCCUCACGAGCAAAGAAAGUUGCAUGCAGAAAAGGUGGCCAAAGCGUUUUGGAUGGCAAUCGGGGGAGACAGAGAUGAAAUUGAAGGCCUUUCUUCUGACGAAGAGCACUAAGUUACCCCUGCUCGGUUUAACUAACAGAUGCUCAGCAUUCUUCACCUGAGACUCUGCCCGACUCAAGUCAGUCACAAUGGGCCAAGAUUCUGCUCUCGUGUUGGCCGCCUGCCUGGUUUUUAGGGUCCCCUUGGUUUUAGCUUUGAAUGGGGAAUUAAAGAAAAAUCUUUUCUCUUUCAACGGGAGGGAGUGAGAAGUAUCCGGGAAAUAACGUGAAUGUUUCUCAAAUGCUGUUUUUGUUUUAGGAAUGGGAGUAGAAUGAAUCCCGGAGGUCUGUGAGUUCAUUCCAGCCAUUCCUGCCAGCUUUUUAUAGCAUUCCCACAUUCGCAUUUAAUUGCGAACAACUGUGGGCAGUUUUUCCUUGGUGGGAGAUUUUGUCCCCGUUCAAGGAGGUUGCACCUCGAGCUGUGCCGCUUUUGGGGUUAUAAAGGAGGCGCUCCUGAGUGUGCUGGGGAGGGAGGAGGCAGGCAGGCAAAAACUCAGUGGCCCACAAAUUUGUCUCCAACCAAAACAAUGCUCUGGGCAUUGCUUUUGAAGUUUCUGAGCUCAGGCUACAAAGAAUUGAAAAACCACCGUGUAUUUUUAGACUGUAAAGUGAGGCAAAGGUUUCCUGCUGUGGUAGGGAUAAAACAAACCCUCUCUUGAGUUGCUGGGGGUGGGGACGGGGAGGGGGCAGAGGGAGGGCACUGAGUGUGAGAGAGAAGACCCAGGGCGCCCUUGGGAGACAGUGAGCACACAUUAAAUGAGCUCAUGGUGAGGCCCUCUCCUGCCCGAGCCUUCUCCAAGGAGAAGACUCCAUUUGAGAUGCCAGCGCAGUGGCGCCCCGAGCACUAGGCAAGUGUCCCCUGUGUCUGAGAGCCAAACAGAGAUGGUUGCCAAAAUAGUAGCACGGAGCGGCAGGAGAGGGUGUGGCGCGCUCGGCAGUGCAAGUCCUGCGCGCCUCAUUUUACUCCCAGGGCCGCUGGCUGCUCCCUGCCCUUCAGCGCUGCCCCCAAGCGAGUCCCCCCUGCCUUCUUUCCCCCAUGUCCUGUUUGAGUCAGCCCCAGAGAAGCUCAUCUCGAAAAGGAAAGUUUUUAAAGACCAGUGGAAAGUGCCACAAAUAAAAUCCUGGUUCCAUC